AGAUAUAGGAGUACAUAUAGGAUUUCGUUUAAACAGAAAAGUUCGCCUGGGAGACUACAACAGAAGGACAAGUACUGACUGCUCGGAAGCAGAAGCGGGCUGCCUUCCUCCCUCUGAAGAGUAUGACAUUGAUAUGGCCAUCAAAAAUCGUUUUUACAACAGAAAUGUGCAUCCGAACGAUAUAGGACUGCUGCGACUGGCGCGAAAGGUCCAGUUCAAAAUGCACAUUCGACCAAUCUGUCUGAUCAUGGAUCCGAGGGUGACCCCUACGGUGGAGACACUUUCCUGGUUCACUGCCACUGGCUGGGGCAAAACCAGAAGUGGUAGCACCAGCGCCGUUCUUCAGACAAUCACCUUGGACCGGUACCGUCGGAACGUGUGCAUUGACCAAUUCAGACUAUCGCUGGCAACGAAUAAGUUCUGUGCCGGACACCGCACUGGCAACCUCUGCAACGGUGACUCCGGCGGGCCCUUGGGUAGAGUGGUAAAGUAUCAGGGCCUGGAGCGCUACGUCCAGUUCGGGAUUGCCAGCUACACCACCCGGAACGGUGUCGGCCCUUCUGUCUACACGGGUGUGGUCAGUCAUGCAGAGUGGAUCGCGCGCGUCAUAAAGCUGUUCAACAAUCCUGCUCUCACCAAUAAUCUACUAUCUAGCCAGAAAUUGGAAGAAGGUCAAAAAACUAAUCCACUAUCCAGAAAGAAUUUGGAAGGAGAACGUCCAACCAGUGAGGAUCUAGAUGCCCAGAAAUCGGAAGGAGAAGUUCGCAAUAGUACCGAUAUAGUGGCCCAGAAUUCACUUUAUUCAUUUUUCUGAAAAAGUCCAUUUGUACUGCGUUUUAAAACGAGAUAUAAUAAAUGUG